AUGAAUUCUAUCAAACGUUUGCUCACCUAUCGACCAGAAAUCUCAUUUCGAGAGUUCUCUUUAUUAUUUCUAAGAGCUUCUAUAGCGGCCGCUUUAAAUUAUGGAUUAUCAAUGGCACUUUUCAAUCCUCAACUUAUCCCGAUUAUUGAUCAGCUCUGGGAUCAAUUAUCGAUGAAAAAGUUUGACGCUUUCGCCGAUGAUGCGUUUCGAACGAAGAAAAUGAAUCGCUUCUGGCCACCGCGAGAUUUCCCAUUAAUCUAUUUAGCAUACUCAUUUGCUGUGUAUUUUGUGUCAAAAAUAAUGGAUCCAAUCUAUCUUCAAGAGGCGUUGAGCGUUGUGUUCAGUGAUGAAAAGGAGGAGAAAAUGAAAGUAAAUGAAGCCGAGGAAAACAUCUGGUUGAGGCUAUGGGGAAGGCUGUUAGGCUGUAUUGUACAGGCAAUAGUUUAUUUCGCAAUGUUAUUACCCCCGUAUCGACUUGGAGAGCUUCACGUUUUCGUCAUUUUACUCAACUAUGUUCAUCUUCUACUUUCAGUCAUGAUUUGUAAUCUCUGUAUGUUUGCUGGGUUUCCUAAUAAAUGUAUGGACAAAAUGCUCGACGUUUUC